AUGAUAAGAGUGAAUGAAGCAGAAAAUUUAAAUUUUUCGUCUGUUUCACUCACUCCCAUUAUGUUACCAUGGCAACUGCAGCAGGCAGCUCAACUAUUACAACUUUUUGAUCCAUUAAGAUUGAAUCAUCAACAUAAAUUUCCCUUCAUCUGCCCACUUUGUGGAAAGGGCUACUUAUGGAAAGUUUCAUUAAAUCGACAUAUACGAGAAGAAUGUCAUAAAGAACCGCAACAUAUUUGCAAAUAUUGUGAACAACUUUGGAUAUGUUUUCGUUGUGGUAAACAUUACAAAUUAAGGACAUCUCUAAAUCAACAUCUUCGUUUGGAUUGUGGAAAAAUGCCAUCAUACAUUUGUACUCAAUGUGGAAGAAAAUUUCAACGAAAACAUCAUUUACAAUCACACGCUAAACACUUUCUAUUGGCUAAUUUGCUAAAUUCAUCAUCAAAGGAUAAUGACGCACAUUGGAGUUUCUCAUCAGAUAUUUCACAAGAAAGAUCAACAUACAAAAUUCCAUCACAAAAUUGGAUACAAAUGAAUAAUAGUGUUGAUUCGGAUAAGAAAUUUUCAUGUUCACGAUGUGGAAAAACUUAUAAAGCAACCACAUCACUGAGUCGUCAUAUUCGUUUAGAAUGUGGAGUUUUAGGAUCUGAAGUCUGUCCACUUUAUACUAUUAAUAUCUGGGUAGCUGAUCCUCUACAAAUAGGCUCAACGCCAUUAGCUGAAUUCGCAUCUCAAGAAUGUCAAUUACAAUCAAAAAGUUUUAUAUGCAAUCGUUGUGGUCGAGAAUAUUCUCAAUUAAAAAGUUUAAGACGUCAUGUUUUUCAUUGUGGCAAAACAUUGAGUCAAUCAAUUUUAAGUACAGGUGAUGUACAUUAUGUUGAUGAGAAUGGUGAUGAAAGACAAUUUGUCUGUCCCUAUUGUGGUAAGGCUUAUCGUUGGAAGAAAGGAUUAAAAGUUCAUCAGGAACGUUGUCCAUUAAAAUUGGCUCUCGAAGGUCCACAAAUUAUAAAUGAAUCAUCAUCAAAUAAUAAUCGACAAAAUGAGGAGAGUGUUCCAUCAACAUCGAAUGAUGCAUGUCAGGAAAAAAUUCCACCACUCAUUAUAAAAGACAAUUCUGUUAAUCGAUAUCAAUGUAUAAUGUGUGGAAAACGUUAUGAUUGGUUAAAAAAUUUGAGACGUCAUCAUAAAAUGUGCCGUAAGAAAUUUAUAAAUAAACGUAUAAAAGUGGAGAAACAAAAUUGUGGUACCACUUAUCAAAAAUUUAAAUGUGAAUUUUGUUCAAAAGAAUUUAUAUGGUUGAAUAGUUUAAAGAAACACAUGAAAAAAUGUCUUGAACGUCGAAGUGAACAAAAUGAAUUUAUUAUUGCUGAUGAUAUUUCAAGUUUAUCAAAUCAACAGCGAGAGGAAGAAGAAGAGGAUGAAGAAGAAAGCGAAGAUGAUGAUGAUGUCACUGAAAUUAUUUAAUUCUGAAUAUAGUAAAAGUAACUAAAUGUAAAAGAAUUUACUAUAAAUCAUAUACGAAUUUGUGGCAAAAAAAUACCUGUAUAUUUAAUUAUGUAUAUAUAUAUAUAUAUAAUUUCCAUACAAUUAUUAGAAAUAUUCUCACGUGUACUCUUUUACAUCGUAUUAAUAAAAUAUCUCAUCUAAUUUUUAAAAUAAUAAAGAUAUUUAUUUAUUUUUUGAUAAAAAAAACAGCUGCUUAUACAUUUUUCAAUUCUCAUCCCUACUGUUAAUUCCCACAUGAGUUUCCAUAUAGGAUUCUCGUAAGAUCUCAUGUAGUAUCUCAUAUGAGAAACCAUAAGUGAUCUUAUAUGGGAUCUCAUACGGGAAUUUACAAUAGGAAUCAUAAUAAGAGAAAGUAUAAAAACUUUUUCUUUAUAUGAUGAGUAAAAAUUUAAUUUUUAUUCCACAGAGACCUGAUCUUUUAUAAUUUUUUUAAAUUUUUUAAUGCUUAAAAUACUUUAAAAUUUUAUUUUUAUUUAAUUUUUUUAUUUAAAGAUUCAAAAAUAUGAAGUUGGACUAAUUUUUAAAUGAUUCUUUCUUAAAUUCGUCGAAAUUUGAAGAAAAUUUUCAAAAUAGAAAAAUACUGCAAUGAAAGGUUGGUUUCCAUUCUCCCCACUCGCUAUUUGUCAUAAUUCUCGUCAACUACAGCACCCUGCACUAGUAAAAAUUUAGUAAAUUUAUAGUUACUUUUAAUUUUAACAAUAAUGUCACUAAAUUUUUACUAGUGCAGGGUGUGGUAGUUGACGAGUAUUAUGACAAAUGGCGAGUGGGGACAAUGGAAACCAACCGAAAUUUUAAAUUCACUAUUUGUCUUAGGGUUAAAUAAAAAUUUAUUUGUAUUGAAUAAAUAUUUUUUAUUCAAAAUAAAUAAUUAUUUUUCUCUGAAGCAAAUAUAUUUUUAUCUUAUUUUUUUUUAUUUUCCAUAAAAAUAAAUUUCGUGUUUAAUUAUUAAAAAAAUUAUAUCUAAUAAAAAAUAAUUAUAUAUAUAUAUAUAUAGUUAUUUGAUAUAAUUUCAAUUAUUUAAUGAAUGUCUAUAUUAAUUUAAAAAUUAUAAAAAUGAGAUGUUUUAAUGUCAUCCGAAUUGUAUCACGUGGCCUUAAUUAUAAAAACAAUGUAAUCUCACAAAUCUGAAAAUGAAAUGAUCUAAAUUACUGAAAAAUUAUUCGAUAUAUUCGAUAUAAUGAGGACGCAUGAAUAUUUCCCUCAUUAGACCGGUCGUAAUUUUUUUGUAGUGUCGAAUUAAAAAUUAUCGAAUUUUUAUUUAGCAGAAUUUUUAUAAAGUUAAUUUUAUAAUGUGCCGAAUUUUCAUGUCGAAGAAUUUCUAUUAAACUAAAUUCUGAGUUAUUGUAGAAGCACCUUCAAUGAACUUGAAAUUUCCCUAGGUAAAUUUUUAAAUUUCAAAAUUCCCUAGGUAUCACUAAGUAUAUGUAGCAGACAGACAGAUGUACACACUACACAAGGUUAGGGUAAAGAGUACAGUGACCGACACUCUGGACAUACUUUCAACUUUAAAUCACAUUUUAUCGAAAUUUAUUAAAGAUUUAGUUAUAAAAUAAAUUUCAAAUAAAAAAUUUGGGUUAAAAUUUAUAGUACAUAAGUUUAAAAUUAAAAAACACUUUAAUAAAAGUUUAUAAUAUUAAUUAUUUAAAAAUGUAUGGUAUGAAAAAAGUGAACGACACCCUUUAAUAAAAUAAAAAAUAUUUAAACUACUAUUUAUGUAACAUGAUAUAAAUAUUAUCACAAAUUUUAUUAUUCAGAUUUAAUGUACAAAAAAAGUUUCUUUUCAAAUAUAAUUAUUUAACAAUUUCUUCAUAUUUAUAAAAUUUGUAAUCAAUAAAGCAAAUUUUUUGAGGUUAGUUUUUUAGAAAGUAAAAUAUUCAGAAAAAUAUAUAAAACAUAAAAUUUUGUGUUAACUGUAUCAGUUUCUAAAUAUUGUAUUUUAAUUAAUUUACUGGUGAUAUUUAAUUUAAUAUUAUUAUUUUUAUAGUUAUCGUUUUUAAUAGGGCGGUACAAAUUCAACACAAAUAAACUCUAGACAAAAAAAUACUGCACGAGUCAAUUCUCAACAAAAUUAAAUAAAAAUAUAUGCUUCACAAUUAAAUACUACAUCGAAAUACCCUACACAAUAAACUAUUUACUAGAAAAUUAUCUACAUAAACUCUACACAAAUAAACUCAACACAUUAAGAUUUAGAAUUAGAAAAAUGAAAAUAUUUUUUUUAUAAUUCUACACAAAUAAAUACUACAUCAGUAAAUUUUACACAGCUAUAAAAAAUAAAAAAUUAAAUUCGACACAAUUAAAUUUUAUACAUGAAAAUAAUGUUUUCUUUAUUUCCGAUUAUUUAUAAAAUUCUACACAAUUAAACUCAACAUUUAUAAAUUCUACACAUCAAAUUAAAAUAUUUUAAUCCUACACAAAUAAACUGUACACAUUCAAAAUUAAACAUAUUAAAUGAAAAUAAUAAAAUUCAAAACGAGAAAACUUUAUACAAGAAAAUACUC